GGAGUUUUCCCGGGACUUGAACGCGAGGAGACUCCCGUGCUCAAUGGUCCUUUCGCGGCCUCUCCGGAUAGACAUGAACACCCUUUACGCGCAUGCUGACCCCUUCGCAAAGAUCAAGUGUUGGGAGGAGCCGCCAAAACACAUUUCAACAUGACUGCCGGACCCGACGCCGAGAAAGCGGUUCCCGCGGAGAGAAUGCCCUCACGGCUCGAUGACGUCUCGGUAUCAGGGGGCGAGGAUGCCGUUCCACCAGCCGAAGAAGAGUUCCAGCCUCCUGACGGAGGACUCGUUGCCUGGACCCAAGUCCUGGCGGGUAUUUUUAUUAACAUGAUGGCUUGGGGCUACCCAUCGACGUUUGGCGUUUAUCAACUCUACUACCGAGACACACUCAAGCUCCCCGAGGCACAGAUAUCGUGGAUUGGGUCCCUGCAAGUCUUCCUCGCCUUCGCUAUGUGCACCUUCUCUGGGAGACUAGCAGAUGCUGGAUAUGUAAAGUCAACCAUCAUUGUGGGUUCGUUAAUGGUUGUGUUUGGGACCUUCAUGACGAGUCUUUGCACGGAGUACUGGCAGAUUUUCCUCGCCCAGGGACUGUGUACGGGGCUAGGCUUAGGCAUCAUCUUCAUGCCUCCGCUGUCCGUCAUAAACUCAUAUUUUGUGACAAAACGAUCUUCGGCGCUCGCCAUCUCGGCAACCGGGACCGGUCUGGGAAGUGUCAUCUUUCCUGCGACGAUCCAAUACCUGAUCCCGCAAAUUGGGUUCCCGUGGGCAGUCAGGUGUGCUGCCUUCGUGGCGCUGUUUGUGUCGAUGGUCUCAGUCUUGAUGUUGAGACCGAAGUUGAAGCCAAGACGGUCGGGCCCUAUCAUCGAGUGGGACGCAUUCAAAGAGGGUCCCUACCUGUUAUACAUGCUUGGUGCCUUCCUUUUCUUCUGGGCACUUUAUUUCGGCUUCUUCUACAUCAAUGCCUACGCCCGCAACGCCAUCCACUUCUCGACCACGGACUCGGUGCAGCUCCUCCUCAUCACAAACGGCAUGAGUGUGCCGAGCAGGCCGGUAACGGGCUAUCUCGCUGACCGGUACUUUGGGCCCAUCAAUCUGUAUGCCUUCCAAACGCUAGUUAUGGGGUGCUUGCUCUUUGCGUGGACCGGUGUGACGACACGGACGGGCAUGUACGUGUUCUCGGUCUUCUUUGGCCUCUCAGUUGGCGCCGCUCAGGGGCUAUUUGCCGGGUCGCUGGCUAGCUUGACCAAGGAUCCAAGGAAAAUGGGUACGCGGUUCGGUAUGGUCUGUACCAUCGUGGCAUUUGCUUCGCUUGCGGGGCCGCCGACGGCCGGUGCCAUAAUUGAUAAGUCCGGGGGACGCUAUUUGUGGGCGCAGAUCUGGGCCGGAAUAGUGAUCGUGCUGGCGUCGCUGAUGUUCGUGGCGACGAGGUGCGCCGUGGUAGGCUUUAAGUUGUGGGCGAAGAUCUGAGGUUGGCUUGUGAUGGUUCAUAAUCUGAGACAUGGGGUUGGAAACAUGUCUUACAGAGGAAUGGGUCGAGGUAAGACAACAACAAACCGUUCCCAUUGGGCCGUACCCGAGAUUGACGACGGAUUGGUAUCACGGGAUUAAUUGAUCUUAUCGCCA